GACGGUAGUGAACAUUCCACGUAUUUUAUUUAGUGUUGUCAUAGCUUUUUUAAAUCUUUAUUACAUUAAUAAGAGGCUUUAAUUUAAUCACACCAUGAAUUUGAUAUCUAUUAAUAAUUGUAUUUUUUGCAAGUAGGUUGCUAUAGUUUUGAAUUAGAUCCUCAAACAUUAUUUUCAUGAAUAAAUAGACAGACUGUACGUAGGCUUACACAGUACACACUGUGAUGUGACAUCACUGACUUGUGAUAGUGUCAAUUGUCAAAUUUAUAUCAAAUUAUGUCUUGUUGUGGUGCAAUGCAAUGCUGUGAUUAAUAUUUUAGUCGAAUGUUAACAACCAAAGCAAUAUAUAUUUGUAUAUCACAGUGAAAACAUUAUUUAUCGAUGCCAAAUAUAUUUUUUCCUUAUUUUAUACUAGUUCUUUAAAAUGGGUGGCAAGUCAAAACAAAGUCAAAGGACUAAAAAUAAUGCAAAGCCUUCAAGUAGCAGCCGUAGUGCCGAGCUUCUUAAUAGUGGCUUAAAACUAGAUGCUGGAGUUAUUACUCUUGGUAGUGGAAAGUCUCUACCUCCAUUGUUCCCAACAUUGGCCACAGCCAACCUAGAACAAGGACUGAAUCCAGAAUUCCAGAUAUGCUUUAAGAAGCUCACUAAGAAAGAUCCGGUCACCAGGGCCAAGGCUCUGCAAGAUCUGUGCGAACUAGUGAAUAAUGGUGACGUAGAAGACGUUGUGGCUGCUCUGCCGAGCUGGGCGCACUAUUAUAGAAUCCUCACAACCGAUAUUGACCGCAAAGUUAGGGAGAUGACACAGGUGUGCCACGGCGCGGUGGUGGGCGCGUGCGGGCGGCGCACGGCGCCCGUGCUGCGCGCGCUGCUGCCGGCCUGGCUCGCGGCGCAGCACGACGACCACGCGCCCGCGCAGUCGCACGCGCGCAACGCGCUCGCCAAAACGUUUCCUGACACCAAGUUGCCCGAAGUGAUCUCUUUCUGCAAAGCGGAAGUGAUGGCCCAUCUACUUGACAACCUUAUAGGCAAUACGGGAGCAGUGAUAAGCAAGAGGAUACAGAACGCAGAAGAACGAGAAUUACAAAUGAAUCGUAUUAUAACGAGCAGUCUCCAAGGGCUGCAGUACUUCCUGGCGCACCUGCCGGCCGCGCACGACGACUGGCUGUGGGCCCAGCUGGAGCCGCUGCUGCAGGCCCCCGCCUUCUGGAAGCUCGCCGGCGGCGCCUCGCCAGUCAGGGCGGCGUGGUUCGCGUGCGCGGGGCAGCUGGCGGCGCGCGGCGCGGGCCGGCUGGGCGCGGGCCGCGCGCGCCGGUUGCUGCAACUGUUGCUGGGCGCGCGCGCCGCGCCGCCCGUGGCCGCGCAGCAGUGGGCGGCGCUGCUGCAGCUCAUGCACCACGUGCCGGAGUGGCACGUGUACCUGGACGACAAGGAGUUGCUCGUGAAAAGAUUACUGGCCAUGUUAGAGAACGGCGGGUGGGGCGACGGCCGCCAGCUGUCCAACACGCUGCUGCCGCUGCUGGCGCAUCUGCCGCAGGACCUCGUCACUAAGGAGUUUUAUGAAGCCUUCUUCAAUGCUAUUUUUACUGGACUUGAAAAGAAAAGCGUAUUGAAUUCUAAAAGUGAAAGGCAGCUGUGGAUAACGAGUUUGUCUGAAUGCUUACGAUACUUGUCCAUACAACAAUAUGACUACGUGUUGGAGAUUACCACAAAUGUGCACAGGACUUGGCUGACCAGGGUGCUCGCUACGCCACAAGACGCGCAGACCAGAUCCAAUCUCAUCAAGUACUCUGCCGGCUGUAUGACCUCCCUUGUCAAAUAUUGGCUCAAACAAUCCAAUGAACACAAAUCUGAGAAGUACGACCAGCUCGUUAGGAACUUCUGGCAAAACAUAGGAUCCACGAUCUCGGCACAAAUAGACAAAUCUGGGAGCGACGUCAUCGAAAUCGGUCAACUGAUAGAAGGCCACAUUCUGCUCUUGCAAACGUUAAAAACCUCGUUCUCGCAGGAAGCUAAGAAACAACUAAACAUUAAGUUCGACGACGACGAGCCCAGCGCGCCCUGCGACAGCAGCGCAGUCCCGGCGCCCGCCCCGCCCGCGGCCGCGGGCCCGACCCGGCCGCGGGGCCCGACCCGGCCGCGGGGCCCGACCCGGCCGCAGGGCCCGACCCGGGCGGCGCGGCGCGCUACUGGCACGGGCUGCGCGGCGUGGCCACGGGCGCGGCCGCGGCGCACCUGGCGGCCGGCGCCGCGCGCCGCCUGGCGCCCGCCGUGCUGGCGCCGCUCGUGUCGCUGCUGGUGGCCUUCGACAGCGAGGACCUGUUCCUGGCGCUGCCGCCAGCUCGGCCAGCCGUCGGUCUCCGCGCUGUACCACAACGUGCUGCGGGGCUGGCUCGCACAGGACGACAUGCGCUGCGAGGCGCUCGUAGACGUCAUCUUUCUCAUGACCGAGUACAUGACUGAACCAGAACAGGACGCAAUGUUUGAUACGUUCCAACAGCUGGCGCCGGGCGCGGUGGAGUGGUGCGUGAGUGCGUGCCUGCGGCACCCCAUGAUGGCGCGGCCGGGCGCGCGGCGCUGGCUGGGCGGGCCCGUGGCGGGCGCCGCGCUGCGGGCGCUGGCGGCCCGCGCCACCGGCCCGGCGCCCGACGCGCGCGCCGCCGCGCUGCUGCUGGCUGCCGUGGCCGACGCGCCCACGGGAGAGCUGCUGGUGAGCGAGAGCAGCGUGAGCGCGGUGGUAGACAUCGUGCGCGACGCGCUGGACGCGGCGGAGGCGGGCGGGGCGAGCGAGGCGGGCGAGGCGGGCGAUGCGAGCGAGGCGGGCGAUGCGAGCGAUGCGGGCGGGGCGCUGGAGAGGCGCGCCAUGCUGGGCGCGCGGCUGGCGACGGCGCAGCCGCGGCGCGCCGCGCGCCUGGCGCUGCCACUGCUGCGGCUCAACGCGCGUCUGCCGCUGGGCGCCGGCCGCCUGUCCAGCGCCACGUGGCACGAGGUGCGCUCGUCGUGGCAGGACUGCGUGGCGGCGCUGGCGCCCGCCGACCUGGCGCCCUUCCUGCACGACGCCGCGCGCGCCCUCUGCCGCCUGCUGCACACAAAAGACGAUUGCUCGAACCGUCUGUUGAACACUACAGAAAUAGAAAACGUGUUGUGCUUAUGUCCGUACUUGUUCGAGCGGUGCGACGAGGGCGACGAGCCCGUGGACGUGGCCGCCGUGGUUCUGUUCACGCAGCACCUGUUCCGCGCCGCCGCGCCCCCCGCGCCCCCGCGCCCCCGCCUGCUGUACUGUGCGCUGCGCUACCUCGCGGUCACCGCACAACUCAACUGCAUCUUCGACGACGACGAAACCAUGGCGGCCAUCAUCAAGGACGCGCACUCCACGGACGUGAAGGAUAUUUGCAAGGAAGACUUUCUCAGUUAUGCGAACGAAAUUCUUUUGCGUGCGACAUAUUUACGAAUCAUGUUCUCGCACAAGGUGAGCUCGCCCGACGACGAUGACGAUUCGACCGACAGAACUCGGUGCGACGUUUUACUGGCCGAUGACUACUUGCUGGGUGAAUUGUGCGAAGUCAUGUACGACUACGCCGUCAUCGAAACAUUGCACGAGGCGUACGCAUUCUGGGCGCACUACGAGCUGCUGCAGCGGGCCUGGCGGGCGCUGCGCGGGGCGCUGGCGGCCGCGCUGGGCGCCGCCGGGCCGCCGGGGCUGCAGCGCGCGGCGCGGGCGCUGGCGCGGCGCGCGCUGGAGGCGGGCUACUUGUGGGCGCUGGCGCCGCGCGCGCUGCACCGCCUCGUGCCGGGCCUGGAGCCCGACGCCGACGACUGCGCGGCGGACGACCUCAUGUCCGGGAAUGGGUUCUUCCACAGCCUGCAGGUGCGCGCGGCGGGCGACGGUGUGGACGGGGCGCUGCGCGCGCGCCUGCUGGUGGCGCUGCGCAGCUGGGGCGCGGCGACGGGCGCGGCGCUGGGGCCGGCGGCGGGCGCGGCGCCCGACCUGGAGCUGUUCGUGGCGGCGCACUACGCGCAGCCGUCGGCCAUGUUGUUCGACAGGAACCUAUCGGAGUGCUCGUGGGCCGACAUAGCCAACAACGCGGCCGUGCUGGAGCUCAUGGCCGCCACGGUGGAGGCGCGCGGCUGGACCGCCAGCGCCGCGCAGUGGGACUUCGUCAACAUCGCGCUGUGCUCGCUGCUGGGCGCCGCGCGCCGCGCCCUGCCCGCCUGGCGCGCGCCCGCGCACGCCGCGCUGCUCGUGCCCGCACUACGUCUACUGCGUGCCGUGGCCGGCUUCGUGCGCGCGCUGGCGGGCCGCUGCGAGCGCCAGGAGCCCGCGCCGCACGUGGCGGGGCUGGCGCGCGAGUGGCCCGACAUCUUCGCGCCCGACGUCAACUACCACGUCUUCUCCAUCGUGCUGCACGCGCUGGAGUGCUGCGAGGGCGCCAUGUCGAGCCCGGAGGUGGAGGUGGUGGGCGAGCUCAUCCAGUGCGCGCCGCUGCUGCAGUGGGACGCGCUGGCGCCCGAGCACCGCGCGCCCGCCGCGCCGCUGGCCUUGGAGCGCCUGGCGCGCGCCGCCGCCGCCGCGCUGGCCGGGGCCGCGCCGCCGCCGCGCCUGGCGCUGGCGCGCGCGCUGCUGGCCGCGCUGGCGCGCCCGCUCGUGCUGGCCGACGCCGAGCGCCUGGCAGCGCGCGCCGCGGCCGAGCCGGCGCCCGACGCGCCCGAGGCGCCGGACGCGGUCGAGCUGUGCCUGGACUACUUGCACGACGCCUUCGUGUCGGGCUACGACCUGUUGGACGCCGCGCUGGGCUCCGUCGUGGUGGGCGAGGGUACGUGUGAGCUGGUGCCCGGCACGGACUCGUACUGCGUGGCGCUGGGCUGGCUGCUGCUGCUGGACGCGCAGGCCGAGCUGUGCGGGCUGGCGCGCGGCGACCUGGUGCAGCACUACGUGGCCUACUACCGCGCGCGCCAGUACGCCGAGCCCGUGCUGCGCGCCGCGCUGCGCCUGCUGCCGCCCGCCGUGCUGGCGCACGCCGCCGACGGCGCGGCGCCCGCGGCGGCGCAGCUGGCGCCCGCCUUCCUGGCCGCGCCCGCCUACAGCGUGCGCGCGCCGGCCGACGCGGCGCUGGUGGGCGCGCUGGCGUGCCGCGCGCUGUUCGCGCUGGUGGCGGGGCCGGGCGCGGGCGGCGCGCGCGGCUGGUGGGGCGCGGCGGCGGCGCGGCCGGCGCGCCUGCUGGAGCGCGUGGUGGCGCUGUACGUGGCGCCCGCCGUGGUGCGCGAGCAGCUGCGCGAGCUGGCGGCGCGCGCGCCCGACCUGGACGACACCGAGGUGGAGAUCUCGUGGGGCGCGCGCGAGGUGCGCGCCGUGUACUGCGUGGAGGAGCGCCGCCUGGAGCUGCGCGUGUGGCUGGCGCCGGCGCACCCGCUGGUGGCGCCGCGCCUGGCGGGGGGCGCGGGCGGCGCGGGCGGCGUGCAGUGGCUGCAGCUGUACAUGGCGCAGCAGCACGGCAGCGUGCUGGGCGCGCUGCGGCUGUGGACGGGCGCGGUGUGCGCGCGCGUGGAGGCGGCCCCGCAGUGCUACAUCUGCUACUGCCGCCUGCAGCCCAGCACGGGCCGCCUGCCCAAGGUGCCGUGCCACCAGUGCAAGAACAAGUUCCACAACCUGUGCCUGCGCAAAUGGUUCGCGACGAGCAACAAAUCCAACUGCCCGCUGUGCAGAGCGGCGUUCUGAUGUACCCGUCCCCGACCGCCGGCCGAGACGUGGCGUUGUAUCUGUGUAUAUACUACUAUGUACUCUAGACACUCUUAAUCGAUUAAACUACGAAAAUGAAUUUGGAAUAAACAGA